AUGAGCCCUUUGCCCUGGAAGGCCGACUGCUCCCGCGUCAACUUCAUCUCGGACACCGCCAGCAUAAAGGUCGCACUAUGGGGCGAGACGGGCAUCUGGAUCUGGCACCAGCACCCAGCCUUGCUGGCAGGCCUGCUGGUCCUGAUUGCCUGCGCAACCAGAGGAGUGGUGGUGCGGCGGUGGCAGUCGCGGCUGGCAUUCAAGGCGCCAGCCCUUCCCGCUCCGCCGCCUCUCUUCUCCUCCUCCUCCUCCAGCAGCUAUUGUUUUGUGGAGGCUUGCGAGGAAGACGUCCCGAGAAAACGACAACAACAACGCCCGAAGAGUGAGCGGCAUCUCGGGGGAAAGGGGGCCAGCGCGCACACUUGUUCCUCUCCCCUGCGGCGUCGCGGCAACCGUGGGGCGGCGCGGGCUGGCUGCGCCGGCGCAGAUCACAAUCGAGCCUGUGCCGAGCUGAAGAUAUGGGCCAGAAGCAUAAGGAAAAACGCCAUCAUCAUAAACUUUUGGCGCUUCGCGCGGAUUUCUGCGAUCCGCGCUGGGGCCCGCCGGCGGCGCCUCCGACGCCGCCCCACUCGCGCUCCGCGCGCCAGGAAGGGGGUCCAGCGCAGAUCCAGGUUUGAGCCAUUUUUCCUUCUUCCAGGUAUGUUU